AUGUCGCUCUUCGGUGCGCAAACCCAGCAACAACAGUCUGGCGGACUGUUUGGUAAUACAGCGACAAAAAGCCCAAGUCUAUUUGGAACACCACAGCAGCAACAACCUGCAGCAGGAGGCUCAUUAUUCGGCAACACACAAAACAAACCGGCCACAGGGACAGGUCUGUUCGGCUCGAGUACGACUCCUCAACAACCAGCCGGCGGUGGUGGUGGCCUGUUUGGCGCAUCAGCACAGACACAGCCUCAGCAGCAGACAUCGAGUCUAUUCGGAGCUUCUCAGAACAAGCCUGCUGGAGGAGGUCUAUUUGGGGGUCAACAGACCCAGACACCAGCUCAACCGCAGUCGACGGGUCUUUUUGGAGCCACAACUCAACAAAAGCCGGCAGGAAGUUUGUUUGGAGCAACUGCACAACAACCGCAGCAGACUGGGACGGGUCUGUUUGGCGCGACGAAUACGGCGCAGCAACAACCACAGCCGCAACAGCAGUCAAUGUUUGGUGGUGGAUCCAUGUUCGCGAACCAACAGCAGCAGCAACAACCACAGCAACAGCAACAGCAGCCACAGUUAGGACAGUCGUUGGGUCAAUCACAGCUCGGAUCUUCGUUAUGGUCGCCCGGUCGUGCGAUUACUGGUGUCCACCGCACGGUACCUGCACAGAUGGAAAUCAUCAAGGAUAAAUGGGACCCUACAGUUUUGUCUUCACCUUUCCGCGCAUACACCUACAAUCAUCCGGGUGAGGAUCAGGCGCCAUUUUUUCAACCUACAUCAGACGACGAUCCAACCAAAUGGGAAGAAGCACUAAAGUCUCGACCGGGUCCUGGCUACGUUCCAGUUAUCAUCAAAGGGUUCAUGGAACUGGGUAGACGCGCAGCACGACAAAAGGAUUAUCUCAGUGCCAUACAAACACGUCUACACGAAAUCAACAAUUCCCUGACAGAUCUGCUGUCGCGCCAUGAUCUGAAGAUUUCGGUUAGGAUAGCUGAUUGUCGACGAAAACAUCUUGUGCUCAGCCAGCGGUGUCUCUCGCUUGCAGCCAAGACCCAAAUUUUGCGUAAUCGGGGUUAUGCGAUGGAUGAUGCGGAGGAGGAACUCAAGAAGAAAUUGAUACAACUUGAACGAGCAAUUUUUGAUCCCUCGAUAACGGGGAGAGCGGAGGAGAUUUGGGCGCGCAUGCUUGCGAUUAGGGAACAUUCGAGACGGCUUGCUGCUGAGAUUGAGAAGGCUGGAACUGCUGGUAGUGGGAAGACUGAUGGAGAAGACACGCUCGAUGAGAAUGCUAUCAAAACUGCUAAGAAGAUUCUCGAAGACUACGCAUCUCAAAUCAACCACCUAAACAAAGAACUAGCAUCCAUACGCAAAGAACUAGACGAGGCACAGAAACUGGCCGGCACGAAUAGCCCUUGA